AUGACACCGUCGCGCUAUGCUCGCCGACCUCAUAGGUGGGUCGAAGCACGGAAAAAUGUCGUAUGCGACCAACACGACCAGGUUGGGACGUCUUUUUAUACUUCUGAGGACUCGUCUGUAGCACACCGUCGUCCGUCGCCCGAGUUCCAUAUUUGGAUGCCAAUUUAUUCUCGAAGUUCUGCUGCUAUCCCGCUGAAAAACCUACACAUCCACGGGCAGCUCAUCGAUACCGCGGUUACCAUCGCCUAA